AUGGAAGCCGCGGCGAAGACGGUACAGCAGCUAACCCAGCGCAUCUUACCAGAGAAACCUCAUCACCUAUCUUACUCCGCAGACUGGCGAUAUAACAUCCCUGCGAACGAGUCCCGGCACAAGCAUUUUGAGGAAUGGGACAAUACCCGCCUCCAAUACUCGACACUUGUGUCGGAAGCUGAUCGCGGUGUACUCCUUACCAGAUCAUACUACGACAUGCGUGUCGAGCCCCCCAAACCCGUCCCUCGCGACGUAGGUGUCCUCGCUAAGGGCGGCGAGAAGAAGAAGUUGUCGCUGAGCGACUACAAGAAUAAAAAGACUUCUGGCGUUGCCUCAGACACAUCCACGCCAGAACCACCCAGCGCCAGGAAGCGCGAACCUGAGCGCGCAUCCGCAGAGCCAAAGUCGGUACCAGAAAGCAGGAAACAUGAUUCACAGCGCCAAAGAGAUCACCACCUUGAUACUAAACCACAAAAAGCCCGAGAACACCCUGUUGUUGAUAUGAGACUCCCCCCAAAACCGCCCGCCUCUCUCCCACCUCGACCCGUAUCGCCUGACAGUAGAAAACGUGCAUCCAAUGCCGACGACGACCAUCGGUCUCAGAAACGACCCAGGCCGGACAUCCCCCGCUCAGUCGACGAUCGUUCGCGCCCAAGCCGAGACGAACCUGCGCGCCGAAAAGACAGAGAGUCUUUAGGGCCUUCUGACAUUCCUUCUAGGGACAAACCGACUGCCUCGUCGCUUUCUAAUGGACGUAGUAUUCUCAAAGGCACCAAUAGCUCUGCUGUUCGUAAUCCCUCCCCAGCUGGACGCGCACGUGGUGAUUCAGUCAACGGUGGUCGGCCAAACGCAUCAGGGAGCACCAAGGGUACACCAGUCAAGCUCGACAAUGCUUCGCGAUCAUCCGUGCCUCCACUGCUAUCACCUCUUCACUUGAACUUGGACAGUCAGAACUCGACAGAGAAGGCCGAUAGGAGAAAGAUUCGCGAGGACGCUGCAGACUCGACGAGAUCAACAAAGCCUAAGAAAUCCGAACCGCCACCACCUAAAGCAAAGAAUGAGCUGGCCAGAGACAAGUCACCUGUAAGAUUGCCCACACUCUUGUCGCCGACAUUGCCGAGCGCCCUGGAGGCAGAGCUGUCGCGAAGGAAGGUUCCCUCCAAGACAGCCGAAUCCAAGCCACAUGAUGAUAGGGACGAACCAAGCGAGAGACGGAGCGAAGAACGGCACAAAUCAACCACGGCAAGAAAGGCGCCAAUUGAACACGAAGACGAAGAUGAGGUUGAAGAUGAGGACCCCAGAGAAAAGAGGCGACUGGUUGUGACGUUGCGAAUAUCUAAGAGAAUGCGACAAACGUUGAAGCGCAUCUUAGCUUUGCCCCCCAAGCGCAGAGAGCGUUCAGAAAGCACGGAGGCCCCGCCAGUCAGCCAGGCAAAGAAGCGUCCUGCAUCUACAGAGAAUACCGGAGACACAAUAGCUGUCAAGCGCCCUCGGCUGCCCUCUGUUUCUUCGACUCUACCGCCCCCUCCAUCAACGCCAUCAAAGAAAGGUGCUGCCAUGUCCCGCGUUAGUUCCAGUAACUCACACGCCCAUACGCCCGGCGAGGCCUCUACAGUGACCCCUGUGCCGCCAGGUUCCUCAGAUCGUCCUGCCACUAACGGCACAGAGGUCGGCCGAAGCGACAAGGCUGAUAUCAAGGCCGUCAUCGAAAAACACAGUCGCUUCUCUGGCCUAGGUCGGCGACUCAAGCAUGAGGGCGACGUUGCGAACCAAAGAUACAACAAGCUUGCAAGUGAUGGUGAUACCCGCGGAAGCGAUAUAAGUCGCAAGAAGUAUUAUGCGCUUGCGGUUGAGAGCACUGUCGCCUUUAUGGCCAGCUUCCACCUUCUAAAUGUGAGCCGCAACAUGCAACACAAGUCAUCCGAUCCAGGUCCUUGGGCCAGCUUGAUCAAGAUGGUGGACUACUUGCAAAAGGAAACUCGACGCGACACCCGUGACAUGCGCCGAUAUCAGCCCAUGUACGCUCUUGUAUUAAUUCUACAGGCCAUUACUGUGGAGGAGUUUCUCAAGUCCUUUUCCAAUUACGAACACAUUUCUAAAGAGGAUCUCUUCGCGCACCAAGCAAUUUGUUACCGCAAUUGGGCCACAGUUCGUGACGUCUACGAAGGAAUUAGCAACGCACGUCUCCGGGCCGACAUUGCGCCCUGGUCAACCGUCGAGGAUGUUUGCCAGGCGUCGAUGCGUGUUAUUCGACAAUGGUGUCAUGAUGAGAAUGUCGAUUGGUCGGCUGAGUUCGACCCCAAAGAGGCCAGCAUACGAGUUGCUCGGCCAUGA